AGGCUAUAUAAACAUUCUCACAUCGAACGUGUUAGUGUGUCCGUGGAUAUAACUUGCUUCCUCAGAAUUGCGAGAUCCCAUAUAACAUGCAUAACACACUGUCGUUCAUUCUGGCUAUCACGGUGUUACCCGGGCUAUGCGAUGCCAGCUGUAACUCUACGUCAUUCGACGACUUACCACGAGCGAUAAUACCAUUUUCUUGGAGAAGCAAGCCGAUCGAAAUUAUUAACAAAGAAAACAAUGCUUAUCUAUGUCGAAAUUACGACUGCCGAGUUAUUUCACACGAAUCAUUGGCAUCAAGGCUGCCUGGGACGUUUUUUAACAUCACUGAUUAUUCAAACAAAUCCGGGCUACGUUACGUUCCCAUGUGGUCAGUUCGCUUAAUUGCCGGAAACGAUAGCACAAUGCGGUCCAAACGUUUUGUUUACCCUUGCUCGCUAGCAGCAACAGAGUCCGACGGAGAUUAUUGCUGCCCAACGACGCGUUAUUUCACGUGCUUCACUUCGCCAACUGCGAUCAACAACGUCAAUAAUCAGCUCUUUAACGUCUUCGCUCUCCGAAACAGUUUUCAGUGCGUCACUUACGCUGCCUGCUGCGGCGGUGGAACGUGUUCCGGAAAUGGCCGCUCGUGUAGACUCGAAGACUCCAUGCAGUCGCUGUUUGUGUGGAACGUCGUUUCCAACACGUUCAAGUUCGAGUUGUUCCAGUUUCCUGCGUCCUGCACGUGCAAAUCAAAUUAA